AUUAAUUGAGAAUUGAGGUUAUGUGAAGUGUCAAAAUUUAAUUUUUGAAAAAAAUAAUAGGUAAACUUGAAAUUUGUAUUAUAAGGUCAAAGAUAAGUGUGGAAUGUUUCUAUUAGCAUAGUGAAACUCACCAAAAUGGCUUCAACCACGGUAGAAUUCGCUGUUCAAAUGACAUGCGAGUCUUGUGUUAACGCAGUAAAGAAAAGCUUAGCAAACAUUGAUGGGGUUCAGAAUGUACAAGUUUAUUUGGAUGAGCAGCGGGUAGUAGUUCAAAGCAAUUUACCAACGCUUCAAGUGCUGAAAGUUUUAGAAUCAACCGGGAAAAAAGUAGCGGUUAAGGGCUAUGCUGGGGGACAAGCUGCAGUGUCAAUUUUGGAAGCUGGUAAAGUAGGCUUGCAGGGAGUAGUCAGGCUGAUACAGCCAACACCAGACGUUUGUAUAGUCGAUGGAACUAUUGAUGGGUUGGAAAAGGGUUCAUACAGAGCGUUUAUACAUGAGUGUGGAGAUAUAUCUCAAGGAUGUGAAAAUGUAGGUAAUGUCUUCAACCCUUCAGCAACCCACAAUGGUCGAUUAUAUGGUGACAUUGGUACUAUCAACAGUGAUGACAGUAGUAGGGCAGUGUUUAGAUUUGAGGACAAAGUUAUCAAAGUGUCUGAUUUAAUUGGCAGAGCCUUCGUUGUGGCCAAAGGUUCUGACGGUGAAGAGGCUAAAAGGGUAGCUUGUGGUGUUAUUGCAAGGUCAGCUGGGUUAUUUCAAAAUCCAAAAACUAUUUGUGCCUGUGAUGGAACAACAAUAUGGGAUGAGGCUGGAAAAAAGUCUGCUCUAUGAAUGGAGUUACUUAAUAAAUGGAAAGUAAAGAGUUAAAGGGUCCAAAGGAUAUAUCAUGUCUACAAUAUAAAGGUUUUUUUUGGUUAAUUAGCUUCUAAACAAUCUGUUAAUAAAAAAUGGUGCAUACUAGACUCAGUUCGCUGGUCCUGGCGCCAACUGACUAGUAAAAUUAGUAAUUAUUUCUUGCUACAUUUGUUAAAUUUUAACUGACAUUACUGAAUUACUAUAAGUAUGACCAAGCAUACAUAUUCAUAGCCAUAUUUAAACAGAAAAUCUUUACAUUCAUUUUAUUAAGAGUUAGUUUACUAACAGUCAGUUUAUUUUAAAUAAAAUAAGUCUGCUACAGUAAGUUCAUGUCAGCUAUUAAUAGUGAGAGAUAGGAAUUUUUGUGUUGUAUGUUUCUAACCAUGAAUCUGUCAAAAUGUUCCUGAGCUGAGCCAGUGGACUAUAGUAGUUACUUCAGUGGAUGUGAUAUAUUGCAUUGGGAAAUAUAGCAGAAGAAUGUCUUAUAACUAUAUGAGGGAUAUAGUUUCAAAGUAUACAAUCUCCAUGUUUCCUAAAUUUUCAGUAAUCAAGAAAAAUGAAUAACCUCUUUCAUAUGAACAUUUGAAUGUCAUUGGAGAUUGUACGUUUUGAAUUUAAGUCUAAUUUUCUCCCUUCAAAAUUCAUUUGAUAAUGAUUAUUUUGAAAACACAUUUUCUAUUUUUUCGAUUCAGGGCUAGAAACUCGACGUAAUGCGACAUCUACCUCAAUUUUUGUGAAAUAUGGAGAUUGUACACUUUGAAACUAUAUCCCUUAUAUUUUAUUUUAUAAUCAUUAAUCUUUAGAUGCUCACCGAUUUCUGUAAGAAUACAAUAUAACUUAGAAUAUAUUGAUUAAUUAAGGGGGCAUUAAGGUUAUCUAAACAUGGUACAGAAUUGUGAUAUUAAUUAAGUAUAAUAAGGGUUUUGAAGCUAAUACUGAACAAACACUGUAACUAAUAUAUAUUUUUUAAGUAAAUAUAAAGUUAGUGCUUUUACAAA